CAGCGGGGAGCCGAGGAGCCAUCCUCCGGCGGAGCCGGGACCCUUUCCCCUCCCGCAGCUGUUUUACCGACGAUGCCGGACGAAGCGACAGAAAACGCCAGCUCUACAUCUGCCCGCGUCUCGUCCUUUUUCAUCGAGGACCUGCUGGGCACAGAGGGCGGCGGAGGGACGCGGAGGGCUGCGGCGGGAGGCGGAGGUGGGCGCGGAGCUCCGCGCUGCGGCCCCCACUCCCCGCUGCGCCUCGGAGCCUCGGGCUGCCCGCUCCGCGACGCCGCCGUCGGUUGGUACCGCCGUGCUUUCUUGGGCUGCGCCAGCCCCGACACCAGCGACCGGGACUCGCCGGAGUUGCUCGAGGACACGGAGCGGGCGGGCGGCGGAGGGCGGGCGGCGUCGCGGGGCCCCGCGGGUGGGCGGCAGAGCUCCGGAGGCCGCGAGGAAGAGGAGGAACGCGGCGAGGAAGCGGGCGAAGCGGAGCAGAGAGCCGCCGGACGCAAGAAGAAGACGCGCACGGUGUUCAGUCGCAGCCAGGUCUUCCAGCUGGAGUCCACGUUCGACGUGAAGCGCUACCUGAGCAGCUCGGAGCGGGCCGGCCUGGCAGCCUCGCUGCACCUCACCGAGACGCAGGUGAAGAUCUGGUUCCAGAACCGCCGCAACAAGUGGAAGCGGCAGCUGGCCGCCGACCUGGAGGCGGCCAACCUCUCCCACGCCGCCCAAAGGAUUGUGCGGGUCCCCAUUUUGUACCACGAGAACUCGCCGGCCAGCGCCUUGGGCUUCGGCCUGCCCCACAUGUCUCCCCCCUUGGUGGGCUUCUCCGGCGGCGUCAGCUACCCCCUGGGCACCUUCCCCGCCGCCUCCCUUCCUUUCCUCCGCUCGCAGAUGACGGGACUCGUCUGA